CGAAGGGCUGAGCACGUGGCAUUUCGGCCUGAACCUUUGAGCUCGUAUUUUGGCGUAUUCGGUUGGAAUGCAGGCGGAAGGGCUGGGUGGGAUGACCCAGCAGGGUUGAAGGAAGAAUUAGUGUAGCCUAGACGGAGUCGGGGAAAGAAGAAGAAUGAUAGAGGAAAGAAAAGAAGUGGAUAAUGUGGUCACCAAGUAAACGCCUUGCCGAGUGCCUGCUUGAUCAGUGCUAGAGUCUUGCUGACGCUCCCGCCACAACAGUGACCUAUUAAACACAGAGCAGAGGAACCAGCAGACGCUUUUGGGACAAGAGUAAGCAGACCAAGAGGACUUAGAGCAAACAGAAAGCUUGUGGUUACAGUGUUGUCAGGGUCGCGUAACAGAGGAUGUGUUGACACAAGGGUGAUAUUGUGGCUACAUGAAGGCCUACGGAGAAGUAACGGGUGUGUACCUUAUUACCACCAAUUACACCUAAGCCUGUAGGUGGGGGGUAACUCGGCUGUCUACCUCUCAAUCAAAAACCAUGACUGCACAAACAGAACAACGGCCCUCAUUCCCCGGAGGCGAAGGAGCCCCUGGUUACGGCGGCGAUCAGGAUCGCUCCGGAGCGGGGGGUGCUAAAAUGCGGGUUAAAACAGGCCGCCCCACGUUGAUGUACCUCUGCACAUACAACAUAAGGACAUUGACAACUGAAUCCAACUUACUAGCAUUACUUGAGGAACUCUCUUUCAUUAAAUGGGAUGUUGUAGGACUCUGUGAAGUUGGAAGACUAGGCGAAGAACGGAAGAUAGUAAAUGAUGGACACGUCCUUUAUUGGAGAGGCAAACCCCAGGGUAGCAAGCAGGAAUUAGGGAUAGGUUUCUUAAUUCACAAACGUUUAGAAAAGAAUAUUGUAGAAUUCUAUAGUAUAAGUGAAAGAGUGGCUUCAUUAACAAUAAAACUAAACAAUAGGUACAACUUAAAGAUCGUUCAAGUCUGUGCUCCGACCUGCAGCCACAGUGAUGAAGAAGUAGAGAGCUUCUAUGAAGAUGUUCAUUUAGCCAGUGAGAGAGUAAAAACACAGUUCACAAUAAUUAUGGGAGAUUUUAAUGCCACAAUAGGUAAAAAGACCGGAGGAGAAACCGUAUUGGGGAAUCACGGGAUAGGCACUAGGAAUGAGAGGGGACAAAUGCUCGUUGAUUUCGCAGAGGCUCGAUCACUCAAUAUCAUGAAUACAUUCUUCGAAAAAAGACUAGAGCGGAAGUGGACAUGGAAGUCAUCAUCUGACAUCAAAUAUGAAACUGACUUCAUAAUUUCAAAUAGGUGUGAUAUCAUAAAAAAUGUGGAAGUUAUUAAUAAAGUAAAUGUUGGCAGUGACCAUAGACUGGUCAGAGUCCAAAUUAAAUUAUAUCUCAGAAAGGAAAGAAACAAACUCAUUAGAAAAAUGCAGCCAAACGUAACUAACUUGAAGACCAGAGCAACUGAACUUAACCCUAAUAUACAAGACAGAUAUUCACUUCUCAGCGACAAAGAUCUCAACAUUGACCAUAUCAACAAACAGUUCAAUGACACAAUAAAGGAAGCUGCACUUGAAGUAGAUGAUGGGGAGUUUGAGGAGCAGCGACGCAGCCGCGGCCGGGGGAGGGGGCGAGGGAGGCCAAGAGGACGAGCGCGAGGGCCUCCCAGGGGUCUGCGCGUCAACAAGAGAAAUAAGAUAGAGAGUGAGGAAGAGGAAGAAGAGCCGGCCCCUCCGCCAGUAGAUGAAAACGAACCUCCAAAGGCAAAGCAGUAUGACCAAGAUUGUGACAUAUCAUCGCUUGAGGCUCCAACCUUCACCACGCUGGACAGAGGACCUCCUGCCCCCAUGCUGCGGCUGUCGUGGGACCACCCUGUCAACCUCAUUGGGGAGAAGGUCUUGUCUCCCCGGAUACAUAUCUGCGAUACCUGCAAUAAGCCUAUCCUCAUCUAUGGAAGAAUGAUACCUUGUAAGCAUGUAUUUUGCCUGUGGUGUGCCCGUGGGGAAGACCGUGUGUGCGCAAGAUGUGGAGAGCGUGUGGCCAGAGUAGAGCAGAUAGGCCUUGGAACGGUAUUUAUGUGCAACUACAAUAUAAAUAAAACUGUUUGUAAACGCACAUAUUUAUCUCAGAGGGAUCUCCAGGCCCACAUAGACCACCGGCACAUGAAAGUGCCUGGGGCAACAGGCCUGCCGAAGGAAGAGCUGAAAGAAGAGCGUUUGAGCCACAGAGACCCAAGGGGUGAAGGCAGGGACACAAGAACAGAUCCAAGGGGAGACAUCAGACAAGACCCAAGGGCUAUGUCAGACCCCAGGGUGAGCAAGGAAGGCUACGAACACAGGGAUUCCUAUUCCAGCUCACAGUUCUCCCGCCAGGGCUCAGGGCAGUUUGGUUCUAAUCACGGGCAGUCUCACCAAACGGCGGGCAACCACCAGGCGUCCUCUCAUCACAUUUCAGUGAUUCCUGUAAUGACAACAGCCAGGACCAAUCUCAUCACCGUCCCACUGCAGGACCAGCCAGAACACUCGUCGCACUCCUCCUUCCAACAUUCUGGGCCGUCACAUCCAACGCCCCCACACCCCCACCCUCACAUGCCCCCCACACAUCCUCCCCCAACUCACUCCUUCACCAGUCCACCCCCAGCUCACUCUCAGCCUCCCCCUUCCCAUCCCCAACCCCCACCCUACUCCUCUUCCUUUAGCACAGCCUAUAGUACACAGCCCCCACAGUAUACAUACCCUCCAAACCCAGCUGCCCCCCCACCCCCCAACCCCAAUGUGCCGCCUCCACCGUACUCAAAUGUGACACCUGCCGUUCCUCCCCCAACCACUUACGUCAACAGAUCUCAGUAUGACGGGCAGUACUCCACCGCGCAGUGGUCGACUCCCCCACCGCAGACGCCUCCUUCACACCCCCCUGGGCCCCCUCUCCACCAUCCUCCCCCACCUUCAGCUCAGUCCAGCCAAUACUAUAGGAAGAAUUUCUAACAGGAUGGAUGUGGAAAAAUCUCUUAACAGGAUGGAUGUGCAUUACACAGGAUUAUUGUAAUGAUGUUAAUGCUGUGGACUUGUUGGUUUCAGUGUAUUGUAAGGAUGUUGAUGUGCGGUAGGAGAUUGUCUGUAAAUGACAGGUAUUGCUGGGAACGUGUGGAAAGGUGAAACUAAACCUUUUACUUAUAGAAAUGUGCAAGACAGAUAAUAAUGGAAGACUUAAUUUUUUGGAGUGAAAUUUAUCUACUUAUAAGAAAAUAUGUAAAAUUACUGUGCUUGAAUGUGAGGCCAUGAGAAAUUUUGCCUAGACUGCAAAGAAAUAUUGUAAUUAAGUGCCACAUUGUGUGUAAAGAUGUGCAAAUGUUAAUAUUUGCAAAUGUUCAAAUCUCUUGGAUGAUGGAAGUUGAAAUACUGUCUAUCACAUGCUUGGUGUUAUUAAGGGGACCAUCUGUGAUUUGGAAUGCAUAUAAGUCAAUUUGGGUUUAUUGCUAUGCAUUGAAAAAUAAACUGUGAAUAUUGGGAUUGUGAAUAUUGAAAGACUAUUUUUUUUAUUAGUAUUUCAUUUUUGUGUCAAGCUAAUAGGAAUUUUACAUACGUCUCACCAGUUAUAGCCAAGACCUUUUUCAUUUAGCUGACAACAUGAUAGACUUAUACUGGCAGCUUUUAAUUAAAUUCUGCAUUUUUUUAUUAUAGAGUUCAUCUGUUUAUUUUAUUUAUUUAUUUAUUUUUCUUUUCAUAUUUUUUUAGUACCCUGGCUAACAGGUGGUUCCCUUCAUUUUUUUUCUUUUCUAUUUUCGAGUGCCAGAGAUUGUAUUUUAUUUUUGAUGUUUAAAUAAUAUCAGCUGGGAUAUGAUAAUACUUUCACAUCAUAUGCAUAUUUUUGCCAAAAAAAGAUUUCCAUACAAUAAAAAAUAACAUUGAA